CAGAGCUGGCGCUGGCCCCGGCGGAGGAGGAGGAGGAGGAGGAGCGGUUUGUGGAUGUGUGCGGCAGUGGCCUUCUGCUCUUCGGGGAGCUGCACGACAAGCUGUUUGAGCACCAGCGCCAGGGCGUGGCCUUCCUCUACCGCCUGUACCGGGAGGGCCGGCAGGGGGGUAUCCUGGCUGAUGACAUGGGCCUGGGCAAAACCAUCCAGAUCAUCGCUUUCCUUUCAGGUAUGUUUGACUCUGAGCUCAUCCAGUUCGUGCUGCUGGUGGUGCCCACCACCCUGGUCAGCAAUUGGGUGAGGGAGUUUGCCAGGUGGACUCCGGGGAUGAGGGUGAAAGAGUUUCACGGAGUCAGCAAGACAGAGCGGACCAGAAACCUGGAGAGAAUCCGGAGAAAGACGGGUAUCCUCAUCACCACCUACCACAUGCUGAUUAACAACUGGCAGCAGCUGUGUACUGCUGACAACAGUCUAGUCUGGGACUAUGUGAUCCUUGACGAAGCGCAUAAGAUUAAGUCCCCAUCUACCAAAACCACAAGAUGUGUUCACCUUAUUCCUGCCAAAAAUCGCAUCCUCCUCACAGGGACGCCAGUCCAAAAUAAUCUGCGUGAGAUGUGGUCUCUCUUUGACUUUGCUUGUCAGGGCUCUCUCCUAGGAACAGCGAAAACCUUUAAAAUGGAAUAUGAGAAUCCUAUCACAAGAGCCAGGGAGAAAGAUGCGAUGCCAGGAGAGAGAGCUCUUGGACUUAAAAUAUCUGAAAAUCUAAUGUCCCUUAUAAAACCAUAUUUUCUCCGGAGGACUAAAGAAGACAUACAGAAGAAGCACAAGUCUGACCAACAAGAAAUCCAUUUUCCUGAAGAGAAAAGUGAGAACAUAGCUCCUGUAAUGCCUUCUCUUUCCAGGAAAAAUGACUUCAUUGUAUGGGUGUAUUUGGCACCAGUGCAGGAAGAAAUCUAUAGGAACUUUCUCUCUUUGGAUCAUGUGAAGGAACUAUUACUAACAACCCGGUCACCCUUAGCUGAGCUGACAGUGUUAAAGAAGCUAUGUGAUCAUCCUAGGCUAUUGCCUGCACGAGCAUGUAGUCAGCUUGGGUUAGGAGACAAUUAUUCUGAGCAGGAUGAUGAGAAUGAAGAAGGCACAUUUUCAGGAGGUAAUAAAAUUGAUCAUGUUUCCAUUGAGGCUCUCAUCCAAGAGUCUGGGAAAUUGGUGUUCCUCACAGGGCUUUUGGAAAGACUGCGAAAGGAGGGGCACAGAACACUGGUAUUUUCCCAAUCAAGAAAAAUGCUGGAUAUCAUGGAGCGCAUUUUAACUCAAAAGCACUUCAAAAUCAUGCGCCUUGAUGGAACGAUAUCCCAUGUAGCAGAACGGGAGAAGAGGAUUAGCAUGUUUCAAAGUAAUAAAGACUAUUCUGUUUUUUUACUUACCACCCAAGUAGGUGGUGUUGGCAUAACCUUAACAGCAGCAACCAGAGUGGUGAUCUUUGAUCCCAGUUGGAAUCCAGCUACAGAUGCCCAAGCUGUGGACAGAGCUUAUAGGAUUGGACAAAAGGAAAAUGUAGUAAUCUACAGGUUGAUUACUUGUGGCACUGUAGAAGAGAAAAUAUAUAGGCGACAAGUUUUCAAGGACUCAUUAAUUAGACAAACUACUGGUGACAAAAAGAACCCUUUUAGAUAUUUCACUAAACAGGAGUUAAGGGAACUCUUUACACUGGAAAAUGCCAGACUCUCUGCAACACAGGUUCAACUACAGUCCUUGCAUGCCAACCAGAGAGAGAGUGACUUGACCCUGGAUGAACAUAUUGCUUAUCUGUACUCCCUGGAAAUGUUUGGUAUUUCAGAUCAUGACUUGAUGUAUACACAAGAGAUAGCUCAUGAAGAGCAAGCUGAGAAUCAAGAAGCUUAUCAAUAUAUUCAGCAAAGAGUACAGAAAGCUCAAGAGCUGGUCCAGUCAGAAUCUCAGCUCAAAGACCGAAUAGGGGGACUUGAAACCCAUAUUGAAAAGGCAUGGUCAAGACUACCAGAACUUUCUUCCAAACCACAAAAAAAAUCACCGGAGUUGAACAACAAAAACUGCUUCAUACCACCACCAGUAUUAGUUGGACCUGCAGAUUGUAUUGAUCUUAGAGAAGAUGAAGCUGUUAAUGGCUCUAAAAGGACAAGUUUCACUACUGAAGACUUGAGUGAAGAGAAACUGGCACAGGAGGUAUCUAAUAUAGUUAUUAAUGAGGUGCUUACUAACAGUAAAGUAUUGGAACAAUCACAUAUGCAAGAAUCAUCUGAACAAAAAUUUGAUCCAAGUUCUGUAUCGUAUCUUGAUGACAAAGAAGGUGCUAAUCUUAAAUUGAGAGAGAGUUUUUCUACUUCACUUAUAAAACUAGACUGCAUAAAUGAUGUUCAAAUGACAUCUUUAUUACACUCACAGCAGUCAUUACAUGAAUCAGUUUUUGAUUAUAAAAGAGAGAGAGAAAUAGAAAAGUCUCUUGAUCUUCUUGCUGACAAGAGUGAAACUUCUAAGCUAGUUUUUGGUAGGGCAUCUGAUAGUUUUUUGGUUGCCAGUGCAGAACUCCCUAAUGGACUCCAGCAAUCUCAUGUAAGUGAAAUCAGUUUGCAGGGUAUGUCUGGUGCAUCUUCCCAGUAUCAGGUUGACUUUAAUCUUGUUCUGGAAGAGUCUGAACACAUACAGCAAGAUGCUUCAGGAGAAGAAAUGCCAGACAACACAGAAAAUACAGGCUCUCAAUACGAAGUAAAAAGCAAUCGCAAUUCUGUAACAAAUUUUCAAGUAAGAGACUGUUAUAAUGGGAAUUCCUGUAACAUAACUGAAGACAACCUGAAUUAUUCUCUGUCAGGGAGUGACGCUUCUGUGGAAAGCGAUGCUAUCAUUGCUAUUGUCAAGAAGAAGCAGGCUAGGAGGCUGUCUUCUGAGAGUGAGGACAACAAUAAUUCAAUUGAAAUACUGGAUGAAAAUGUGCCUCCAACCACACACUCUCCCAUAAACAGCCUUUUACAUUCCUCUCAAGUAAUCAGUGCAUCUACUCCUAAAUGUGGGGUAUCUUUAGCAGAUGCUAUUUUUUCCCCAAGAAUUACUGGUAGUGGGAACAAGUCUACAGCUUCUAAAGGAUCCCUUCUUAACAUGGUGCUGGACCAGGUGGAAGACGUUGAAGAAACUAUGGGAACUAGCAAUGAUGCAGAGGAUUCUGAUGAAAAAGAAGGGUGUGUGUUGGAAGAAGCUGAAGAGCAUAGCACACAGUCUUUGGAAAUGGAAGAUGAACCUGCAGGGGAAACGCUCGAUACAGAGGAUAGCAUUGACUAUUUAGAUGAUAGAGAGGAAGAAUCACAAGAGGAAUCUACAGGUGACCCUGAACUUCUGUCUGGUGAGCAAAUGGACUGCUUCUCACGGGGAAAUGCAUCCCAGAAAGAGGAGAUUCAGAGUAAACUGAAUGUCCUUUCUGCCUCAGACAACUAUGACACCCUUGUAGAAUGUGGGAAGAAACUAAAAGAAGAUGGAAAACUACAGGAUGCACUGAACUGUUUUCUGCAAGCUCUUGACAUAAAAAAUGGAGAUCUUGAAAUUAUGCUCACCACUUUAAAUCUGUAUAAACAGAUCUCACAGAAAUGAGAUUUUAACUGCACCUUUAAUUAGUUCUCAAAACAAGUUCUUAGUCGUCUGAUUGUAGAUCCAUUGUGCAACUUUAAUUUCAAAUUGUUACAAUUCCUUUCCACCACUCUCUAAAUUAGCCCCCCCCUCUUUUUUUUUUUUUCUUUCUUUCCCAGACACUAAGCAGCUAUUAAAAUGAAAGGUAGCUGGCAAUAGUUGACUAUUUAAAGGGGGAGGGAAUGACAUUCUCUCCCUUCCUGUGUAAAUAUGCUGCAAAAUAAAACAAACUUGAAUCUCUGGGUUUCA